AGAGAGUGAGAAGCUAUGUCAGUGUUGUUUGGGGAGCAGGCCGGAUUACGGCAGAGGGUCGACUCCACGGAACAAUUGCUAGGGGAGGGAUCGGGGGCGCACAGCGAGGACAGGGGAGCCCCGCACGGCACUGAUAACAAGGCCGCUGAAUUGUCCGCGGAGUGUGAGCGGCGGAAUCCGUGUUCCAGCGCCCCACAUUCUGACUCGCCGACUGACGGCAAGGAGCCGCCCGCCGCCCCAGAAGCGAGCAGGCAUCGACCAGUUUACCGAACUUGUAAAUACUCUCCCUUCAUAUCGCAAGCAGGCACGGCGGAGUUCGUACAUUCACACUACGGCGACAAUAAUGCCAACAUUAGAACAGUUGACCUGGACUUUGUCGGCAGCACUGUCAACAACAACAACAAUAGACUCAGCGUUUCUGUCGACCACAGCGAUUUUUCAUUGGAUUUACACGCUCGGAGUGAAAUACCUGCGGUACCCUACCAUGAUAUGGAUGCACGAGAGACUAGGAUACCUGAAGUCAGUGUACCUUUCUCACCCGUGACCUACUUAACUGACUUAAAUAAUUUAGAACCAUUGACUUCAGAUGUUGAGCAGGCCGAGUGCCUUGACCACAGCAGCACCGUCGUAGUCAGCUCCGCCCAAGAAGGGCCCGCCGGUCGGAACAUCUACAUCAAUAAUAACACAAAAAACAAAGGCAACGGGGUUCUAGAGGUCAACGAUGGUCGAGUCAACAAAGGCUACACAUCGCCAGAUAUCGAACUGCACAGCUACGCUUUCCAAUCAGAGCACACACCAGGCAGCGCCUCAGAUAAAUUCCAGCCCCCUAGACUCAAGGUGGCCCUUAGCGACAGCGACCCUCAGCAGCGCAGCCCAAUGUUUCAGGCGACGCCCCAGCAGGCGGCAAACACGCUGGGCAAGUGGAAACUCAGAAACAUGGGCCCUAGCUACGAGCUGGCGUCGACUAGCACAGAGCCGGCCCCCACCUUCAACGUCGUUUCCAAAUCAGAGCUCAACCUGAGGGCGCCGAACUGCACGAGGUCAGGAGGGCGCUCCCCUUAUUUCUACAACCAAAGAGACAAAGCCAGGGCCAACAGUGAGGAGGAAGGGGGCCGGGCGUACAGCGACGAUGGCGGAAAACACAACACCCAUACACUUUCAGAUAUCGGAGCCGACUACAUGCGCAUCAAUGGCGCUAUUGGCUCAUUCAAGCAGCUUCAGAAGCCAACAUCCAUGCAAUCUCUGCCCACCUCCUCAAAGCUCAGCUACACCGAGGAGGCCGGGUUCGCCCUGGUCAGUGGCUCCGACUUCCAAAAGUACACAGACGAACGACUUCAGCACAAAGUCCGCCAGAAGCCCAGUGUCGGAUACCGGUUAGGCAAACGGCGGGCUUUGUAUCAAAAGCGUAAGAAAAUCUCGGACUACUGUUUGGUGUUUGGGAUGUUUGGCAUCGCGGUCAUGGUCCUGGAGACAGAACUGACCAUGGCCCAUGUCUAUGAUAAGUCUGCAUUUUACUCCAUAGCUUUAAAAUCUCUGAUAAGUAUCUCCACAAUCAUAUUGCUUGGUCUUAUACUGGCGUACCACGCUCUGGAGAUACAGCAAGACGCCGCGGAGAUACUGCAGGACGACGACAAUUUAUUCGCUAUUGAUAAUUGUGUUGAGGACUGGAGGAUAGCAAUUUCCUGGAGAAGAGCUCUUCAGCUUCUAGUGGAGUUUUUCAUAUGCGCCAUCCACCCGAUCCCUGGGGACGUGACGUUCACCUGGUCCGGCACCCUGGCGGAGUCCGGAAAGCGGUUCGACUCCGAGGUGUCCAUCGACGUGAUCUUGUCCGUGCCCAUGUUCCUCAGACUUUACCUCAUCUGUCGGGUGAUGCUGCUGCACAGCAAGCUCUUUACGGACGCCUCUUCGCGCAGCAUCGGCGCCCUGAACAGGAUUCACUUCGACACGAAGUUUGUCCUGAAGACGCUCAUGACAAUCUGCCCAGGGACUGUUCUAUUAGUGUUUAUGUUGAGCCUGUGGAUUAUUGCUGGCUGGUUGGUGCGGGCCUGUGAAAGGCAUCAUGAGGACGAACACGCAAACAUCCUAAACUCAAUGUGGAUGAUUGCCAUCACGUUCUUGUCUAUAGGUUAUGGUGACAUUGUGCCCAACACUUACUGCGGGCGUGGUAUCGCCAUAUCCGUUGGGGUGAUGGGCUCGGGUUGUACUGCUCUUGUGGUUGCGGUCAUCGCAAGGAAGCUGGAACUAAGCAGGGCUGAGAAACAUGUGCAUUAUUUUAUGAUGGACACACAGCUGACCAAAAGGUUAAAAAACGCAGCAGCCAAUGUCCUGAGAGAGACCUGGUUGAUCUACAGGUAUACAAAGCUGGUCAAGAAGGUCAACGUCAGCAAGGUCAGGUCACACCAAAGGAAAUUCUUGCAAGCCAUUCACAGCCUAAGGAGAGUUAAGAUGGACCAAAGAAAGUUGACUGAGAAUCAGAGCACACUUGUAGACAUGGCUAAGAACAUGGGUCACGCGGGUAUACUGCCCACCCCCAGUGUGUAUAUCUCCAUCCCUCACGUGGUAUACCAUCAGACUCAGUCCAACAUCCAGGAGCUGGUGGUUGAGAUGCACAGCAAUCAGACGGCUAUGGAGAAACGAGUGAGCAAGAUAGAAGAGAAGCUGGCCCAGCUGCAGCUAAAUCUGGACACUCUACCUGAACUGAUUGCUAGAUCGAUAACCCAGGUCAGCGCCCAGCAGAGACAAGAUGCGGAUAUAAGGAGCAUCGCCCCCAGACCCCUCUCGGACUUUGCUGGAUUAAGGAGAUCCACGAAUCCCAGACAACGACGACCUUUUCAACAGCAGUUCUCUCUGCGGGAGAUGCCUAUCUAUGACAGGGGCAAUAAUCAGGACAAGGAUGACAGCCCAGGCCCUGCAUUUCAAGUCUCCGAAUACGAAUCUGUAGCGUAAACGCUUACACGUAUAUUUUCUGCUUAGCUAUUUUGAGUGGGCCUUCGUGAUUAUUAAAGAAAGUGCAUGAGCCAAGGGAAACAACCGUUAAACACAGCUAGGCUAGGUAUUAUUAUUUCCCCUAAAAACCAAUGUCAUUAAGAACUGUCUCAAAUUAAUAGGGGGGGGGGGGGAAAUAAAUUGCUAUAUCUAAGUGGUAUUGCAUUGAGGGAACUAAAGCGUUAAGGGAGGGGCAUCUUAAUGAGAUAUACUUGACUCAUAGCUCUGCAAAAUAUGUCAAUGAUUGACAAAAACAAUUGACCCAGUUCAUUAACAUCGAUAAUAACCAAAUCAGUUUGAAUAUCCCCAGGAUGGGUCAGCACACAGGGUCCAAAUUAUUGAGUAUAUACAAUCAACGUAAGUAAUGAAUUAGCUAAGUGGGUAAUGCCAGCUGAUCUGUGCUGUGACCUAACAGUCCUAGACUGUCAGAUUCUCUAAUCGUAGUUUUAAAAAAAAUCUGCUAAAAUCAACUAAUUAAUUGAAAUACAAUCUUUGUUAAAUAAAAUACACUUAUGUUAUCUGGGUUUUUAGUAUUAUUAAUAUCCUAUAUACAACACAAAGGACAACAAAAGAAAGCGAUACUGUGUAUAUUCUGAUCUUUCUUGCUAAGGAAUAUAUUAUAAAUGUAUCUCAAAUAUUCGUGUACUAGGCAUGGUGAACGUCGAUAUUUUUAUUUAAAUUGGAAAAUUUUAAACGCGUGUGAAGUUCCAUGUAGGGCUCUAAAAACAAUAGGAAGAACAUAUGUUCCAAUGUUGUGCCUGCAUUAAUAAAGGACGCCUGCUUACCAGUUCAAUUAUUAAUCAUUCCUACUCUCCCUUGGCUGUAUGAGUUAUCGUUCCUAGCCGUAUACAUGCGCCUAUUAUUUUUCAUUGAAAGAAAAACAUUACUGCUUUUAAAUCACUGUAAUACUGUCUACAUUGUUUUCCUUUUGUGGACCCUGGCCUUGACCCUGGUUCUCAUGUGGUCACAUUGAAAUAGAUUUUUUUAAUUGAAAAAAAUCAUGUGUCUUAUAUUUUCCAUGUACCAUAAGCAUGACCUAUAUAUGUAUUUUAAGCUUAUAUAUUGCUGUUAAUUAUGAUCUGUACUUUAUCUGGCAUCCAUCUUUGUUUGUUUUUGUUUUUUUGUUUUUUUUUAAGGUUACAUGAUUAGUAUCAACUCAAUGCCUUCAUCAUCUUAAAUUAUUAUUUUUAUACAAAUUAUAAUUGUUUCGUUGAUUGUUUUUAGUAUUUUUUUAAAAUGUUGAGAAACUGACGUCAUGGUUGUAUAGAUAAGAUGUAAAUUAGUAUUUAUUCAUUGUUUGUGAACAAUGACAUCCCUUUAAAUUUGACAUUCGCUCUUGGUCUCUCCGCAAUUGUUAUACAGGUGGUCUUGAACAGUUGUGUUACUAUUAUAGUGUAUUUUGUGAUACUACGGUUUAGGGUUUAUGACAGUAAAAAAAAAUAGGCGUUGUCAGGCGUUGAACCUUGAUGCCUAGUCAUGUGGUAUGGGCAUUAGACUUCCGUCAUGAUGGUAUGAGUCCGCCAUCAUCUUAGUGCAUGAUGGUUUGACUAGGGACGUAACAAUCCACAGUUCUGUAGGAUCUAUUGAAACUUGAAUGACAAAAUAACCAAAUAGGUUAAACCUAUAACUGAAUCAUUGCUUUGGAAGGAUUUAUAGUUAGUGAACUGAACUUCAUUAAUAGUAUUUAAAAUCGUGAUGGGGUACAAAAUCAGUACCAUAAAUACCAUUACCCAGUUAAGUUUAUUGUAUAAACAGAUGGGUAGGUGGAGUUAUGUGUAUAGUAUUAGAUAGUAUUACAUAUACAGUAUAAAAUAGACGUUGCCUUUUGUGUCUAUGUCCAUUAUAAAGCCAUGUGGGGCAUUGAGACAUGUGUCUACAAAAGUGUCUGAUGAUUGACCAAUCACUGAGAUGCAAUGGACACAGUGACUCUCUUUAAGUAUCUUCGGAAAGUAAAUGGCGCAUGCUUGCUUCAAGAUCUUAUGUCGCUUAAUUGUUUCAUAAUCGUUUCUAAAUGCACAUUUUCAAAUGUCUCGGAAUUUCAAUGUGAAAGUGUGAAAUGCAGAUUGAUAACAUACUGAAUUAUGUAUUUAUAUACUUUGAUAUAGAAACGUAUAGAUCUGUAAUAAUAGACCAUCGCAAGGUGAGUGUCUUAACUCUAUGUGUUUUUAACGAACUUCAAUUAUCUUGUCUAAAUGAUGAAUAACUUUAAAAAAUGGAAUACGGUUAAUGUCAGGUUAUAUUAUUAUUUAUGACGUGUCAUGGUGAUCUUAAUAUUAUAGUAAUUAUUCCUUAGAAUUCUGGUUAUUAGAAACAUGUAUCUGUUUAUAAAUUGCUUCAAUGUAUAUAUGUAUUAGGUACAAUGAAUUUAACGUCAAGAGAUAGUCGAUGUGUUGAAUGAAUGUUAGCCUAUGUGUAUAAAAUGGCAUAUAAUUUAGGAUGCCUUAGACAACUAGAGCUUUAGAACGAUAAAUGAUAUGAACAAACGUUCUCUGUGUAAGAUGAUAGUUAUCAUCUCAAGUACAAAUGUGUAAGGCAAAUGUCAUCUCAAGUACAAAUGUGUAAGAUAAUACAAUGUCAUCUCAAGUACAAAUGUGUAAGAUAAUACAAUGUCAUCUCAAGUACAAAUGUGUAAUAAGACAGAUGCCAUCUCAAGUACAAAUGUGCAAGAAGACAGAUGCCAUCACAAAUACAAAUGUGUAUGAUAGAAUGUCCUCACAAGUACAAAUGUGUAAGAUGACAGAAUGUCAUCUCAAGUACAAACGUUUAUGAUAGAAUGUCCUCACAAGUACAAAUGUGUAUGAUAGAAUGUCAUCACAAGUACAAAUGUGUAAGAUGAUAGAAUGUCAUUACAAGUACAAAUGUGUAUGAUAGAAUGUCAUCACAAGUACAAAUGUGCAUGAUAGAAUGUCAUCACAAGUACAAAUGUGUAAGAGGAUAGAAUGUCAUUACAAGUACACAUGUGUAAGAUGAUAGAAUGUCAUCUCAAGUACAAAUGUGUAAGAUGACAGAAUGUCAUGUCAGUAAAUAGAUGUCACAUAACUCUCUGCUUGGUAUAUCAACAUGCCUCACAUGUACGACUCGUUUAUGUUUCAUUCUGUCUGCGACAUGUUGAGUGUUUUACAACUAAACAACUUCUUGUUUUUUUAACCUUUGACCUUUAUACUUUGACACUUUAAACUUUACGUCAGUUAAAACCUUAAAGUCUUUCCCUCAUUCUGCAGUAUACAUUAAUCCCUUGACUCUGUCACUUUCUAUACUAUAUAAGUCUUUGUGAUUUAAUGCGAUGCACAAAUGCGUCUGAUGAAUGAAUGCGAUGCACAACUGUCGUUGAUGGACGUCUGACCUGCAUUUUGUACCCACAUAAGAAAGACAGUCUUAGGCACCUUAUCAAAUUUAACAAGUUCUACUCACACGACACUCUCCAACUCAGUCUCUCGCAAUUUUAAUCGUCACUUAAUAAUUUUUUAACUACAUUAAAAUUAUACGUUAUAUAUAUAUCCGUGCACAUCAAAGAGUUCCACUAGUUUUUUUAGCUUCUAUUUCGAAUACUUUUCACCCACAUAUAGCAGAGGUUCAAGAAGUGUUUAAUGGUUGAAGCAUAGAUGGGUCUGUUAUGAAUCCCAACACUAUCCUAUAGUUCUAGGAUCUGGUUUGAUAAAACAACAGGACAAGAAGUAACGUCUGUAUUAUAUAAGAUAAGAUACGCAUGUAGGCUGUUUCAAAUUUCGUUAAAACAACGGGGCAUCGAUAAUUUUAUAAUCGAAAUGGCAACAAAGAUUCUAACAGAAAGAUAGACAACAAAUAUACUAAUAAUCAAUAAAAUAGCAUUCUAAUAAUGUGUAGGACAGCAAAGAUUCUAAUAAUCGAUAAGAAAGCAAAUAUUCUAAUAAUCCAUACAUGGUAUGAAAUAGCGAAGAUACUAAUAAAUUAUGAGAUAACAAAGGCUGUAGUAAUCGAUAAAAUAUUUUUAAAAUCAAUAAUCAGUAAACUUCAGUUAUAUUCCAUUUAAUAGGUAGGGCAGUGAUCAUGAUCUAAAAAGAAAAGUAACUUAUCAUUAUUAGUUUACCAAAACUAAACCUUUUUAUGAGAACUUUGACAGUGAUAGUAAUAUUUUACCUCUUGACUUUAGAAAAUUAUAAUAAUGCAAAUUAGAACGAUUUUUCCAAAAUGACCAAUAUAGCAUUACAGGAAGGAAUGUAAAUAUGGAAGUUAGUGUUCUUUAAAUUGUCUACAAUAUUCAAACACAAAUAUUAUAUAGCAGAGUAUAUAGGAAUAUAACAGAAUAGUUUGAUAGAUAUAAACUCUAAAAGAAAACUAGGCCAAUUAGGGUACACCCGGGGCAGAGACGGUCUUAGCGGGGCGAUGGGCGCGUGACACAUUUGUUAUACAAUGAGGUGACAUUGACAAAAGAUUCUCUUUAUUGCUGCUCCCCCCUUCGCCCUCCCCCCUCAGGCCGCCUCUGCUCGGACACUAUUAAACAGAGCUCCGCACUUGACUAUCUAUAUAAACUGAGUAGGAGCUAUUGCGUGGCCAAUCGUCAUAGAAGACAGGCCUUUACACUGACCUGGAACGUCGCAACCUGUGGGCAGUGUACACCAAUACCUCGUUACCACGUCGCAGUCAGUGAUAAGGCCUGCUUUAACAAACGGUCUCGGCUAGGGAGACAUGUAAUGAUAAGGAAAGGUCGGGUGCAUCUAAAAAUGAAAGUGUGUGCGUAACUGUACAAGUGCGUGCCCUAAAACUAAACAGGUCUAUGUGUCCUUUCUCUCUGUCCUAUGUCCUCUUUUGUCCCUAUUGUCCCUGUGUUUUCUGUUACCUCCCUUUGUAUUCUGUUACCUCCCUUUCCCAUCCUUCCUACUGAAGUUUCAGGGCUAGACAAAAAAAAACGGCAAAAGUGUCUGUUGUUGAUUAGGUUGUUGAACCUGUUGAACCUGUGCAACCUGUUCAGAUUCUAUGUUCAAGGAUCCAUUAAAUUUAUUAUAAUGUCUUUUACAUUGAAUAAAAGCAAACUGUUAUUUCUUACACAGAUA